AUGGCUGGUGACUUUAUUCCUUCCACCACGUAUCCGAGUGAGGAGCUUAAGGAACGGAAAUCCACAUCCGAAUUCGUAGGCUACAAAUCCAAGCAGUUAACAUCCUCUUCGUCGCACAAUUCGGACACAUCUCAUCACGAUGACAACUAUCAAUAUAGCAACAGGAACAUCUUCCAGCGGUGUGUCGACUCUUUCAAGCCGCCCCUGGACGGUUCGUUUGACACAAGUAACCUGAAAAGGACACUGAAGCCCAGGCAUUUGAUCAUGAUUGCCAUCGGGGGCAGUAUAGGGACCGGUCUGUUUGUCGGUAGUGGUAAAGCCAUCGCGGAGGGCGGUCCUCUGGGUGUCGUCCUAGGUUGGACCAUUGCCGGCUCGCAAAUCAUCGGGACCAUCCAUGGGUUGGGUGAAAUCACAGUACGGUUCCCCGUUGUGGGCGCGUUUGCCAAUUAUGGUACAAGGUUUUUGGACCCCAGUAUAAGUUUUGUUGUUUCUACCAUAUACGUGCUACAGUGGUUCUUCGUUUUGCCCUUGGAAAUCAUUGCUGCAGCCAUGACCGUGCAGUACUGGAACUCCGCCAUCGACCCCGUAGUUUGGGUGGCCAUCUUUUACGUCAUCAUCGUAUCCAUAAACCUGUUUGGUGCAAGAGGUUUCGGCGAGGCUGAAUUCGCAUUUUCCACCAUCAAGGCAAUAACGGUUUGCGGGUUCAUCAUAUUAUGCAUCGUCCUUAUUUUUGGAGGAGGACCCGACCAUGAAUACAUUGGCGCCAAAUACUGGUACGAUCCUGGUUGCUUGGCCAACGGGUUUCCUGGUGUUUUGUCCGUGCUUGUCGUUGCCUCGUAUUCCCUGGGUGGUAUUGAAAUGACAUGUUUGGCAUCGGGUGAAACGGAUCCUAAGGGUCUACCAAGCGCUAUCAAGCAAGUGUUUUGGAGAAUCUUGUUUUUCUUUUUGGUGUCGUUGACGCUGGUCGGAUUCCUGGUCCCAUAUACAAACCAAAAUCUGCUGGGUGGUUCAUCCGUAGACAACUCGCCCUUCGUGAUCGCUAUCAAACUGCACCAUAUCAAAGUUUUGCCAUCCAUUGUCAACGUGGUCAUUCUAAUCAGUGUUUUGAGUGUGGGGAACUCCUGCAUCUUCGCUUCGAGUAGAACACUGUGUUCCAUGGCCCAUCAAGGCCUUAUUCCGUGGUGGUUUGGUUACAUCGACCGUGCCGGCAGACCGCUAGUUGGCAUUAUGGCAAACUCGCUGUUCGGGUUACUAGCCUUUCUGGUCAAAUCAGGUUCCAUGGCAGACGUCUUCAAUUGGCUCAUGGCCAUUGCUGGUCUAGCCACGUGUAUAGUCUGGUUGAGUAUCAAUUUGUCGCACAUCAGAUUUAGAAUGGCAAUGAAGGCCCAGGGGAAAAAACUGGAUGAGCUGGAGUUUGUCAGUGCUGUCGGGACAUGGGGAUCUGCGUACUCCGCAUUAAUCAACUGCCUGAUCUUGAUAGCCCAGUUUUACUGUUCUUUAUGGCCCAUUGGUGGCUGGAAAGAUAGCAAAGAUAGAGCAAAGAUAUUCUUCCAAAACUACCUCUGCGCUUUAAUCAUGUUAUUCAUAUUCGUCACCCACAAGAUUUACUAUAAGUGCCAAACAGGCCAAUGGUGGGGGAUUAAAGCUCUAAAGGACAUCGAUCUAGAAACUGAUCGCAAAAACAUCGAUAUCGAGAUUGUCAAGCAGGAAAUCGCCGAAAAGAAGAUGUUCUUGGAUUCAUGUCCGUGGUAUGUCAGACACUUCCAUUACUGGUGCUAG